AUGUCAGGUGAUGUGUACAGGGAGUCUAUUGCAGUAUGUAAAGCCUUAGACUUGAAACAGGAAAGAGCUUCAAAUUAUGAAAUAUCCGUACAUCAUCCUGAAGCAUAUUAUACUGGGAGACUUCUUAAUUUUCCGGAUGUCAAAGAAGAAUUAGAAUAUUGGAUGAAUAUUCUCAAAACAGAAUCAAAUCUAUUAAAAGAAGAUCAACUAAAAAUAAGUAAUGCAUUUUUAUCAGCAGAUAAUAAUAUUUCAAACUUGUUAGAAACUUCACAACAACAUCAACAAAAUGAUGUUAUGUAUCCAAGUAAAUUAAUUAAUACUUCAAAAAUUUUAAAAGCUAUAAAUGUGGAAGCUUAUGAAAUAACCGAUGCUGAUCUUAGUAUUGUUCAAGAGUUUUGA